ACCAUGGGUUGUUGUUUUAGUAAAGAACUCUGUCCACACAAAAACAUUAAGACCAGUACAAAAGGCACUACAUCAGAUGAAGAAACAAAGAAAACAUCCUCUUCAGAAAAUAUCCCAGAUAUCCACGUGGGUGAAAAAAUCUCAAACCCAGAGAAUACUUUUGCUACGAAGCAAUCCAUUUGCUGUGCAAGGCCAGAACCUACUCAUGUGUUUUUUGAAAGACCAAAAUAUCCUUCCUACCACAGUAUGGAUGAUACAAACUGUGUACAAAAAUCAAACCGAAGCAGGUCAAUUAACUUUUUCAAUCCUAUAAAUUAUGCAUGCAAAGUCUUGGCCAAUUAUGAAAAUCUGAAAACGACUGAAGUGGAAGAAGACUCUGACAAUGUUAUUAAACCAGAACCCUGUUCAGUGGAUUCAUUGAAAGCCCAAGAUGCAGAAAUACAGACACAGAGUGGCUGUAAUUUGGCUGCUACAGAUUCGCAACAUGGAUAUGAUCAUGCUGCUUUAGUUCACGUGUCAUCAGUUACAGAACAAAUCCUGCCUGAUGUUCCUUCUUUAAAAGGGAAACAUUUGAACUGGACCCACAGCAUACUGGAAAACUCAUCAGUACCUAUACAGGAAAAGUCUGUAGCUCUUUUAACCGAGGACAAAAGUCUGCUGAACAUGAGUACACCAAGAGAAUGCACAGUUAGAACCUCAUGCUUUCUAGGAGAUGCAGAAGGUAGUGAAAUGAGACACUCACGGACUAACAAGUUUUACAGUAUUUGUGUAGUAGAUGAUGAAGAUAUCAAUUUAGAGGAUAACUCUGCUUUAUCUCUUACUAUUAAACAGUAUGAUAUAAGUCUUAAAGACUCCACUGCUAUUCCUGCAGAUUACACACUAGACUUUAGGGAAGACCCUCAUGCUAAUCACAUUGAAUCAUUAAUUGCUGGUUGUCCAGAAGUGUUAUCUCAACCCUGCUUUACAGAUAUUUCCUCCUCUGGCACUCAACUUAAAGACUCCAUCAGCUUAUUGUCAGGUUCACCUGCUGGCAGUGAAACGGAGCAAACAAAUUUGUUGCCUUAUACAAAUUUAUUGGAACAUUCUACAGAUGUGUCCAUUGUUUCAUCUGUGUGUACAACUAGCACCCAAGAGGAACCUGUUACGGAACUUGCUGCCGAGCUUGUAUCAGAUGAGCUAAAUAAACAUACAGACAAUGAGUCAAAGCAAUUCUCUCCUUUCAUUGAACCAUCGCAGACUAAUCCUUAUCAAGAAGCAGAAAAUAUUUGCACUAGCCAUGUUUCAGAUCUGACCAAUAAUGCACUGGGACUGGGAAAUUAUCCAGAUAAUCCUAUGCAGUGCAACAAUGAUCUCCCAAGCAAAAAAUCUUCACAACACGUUCUCAGAGAUGACCAUGAUUUGCCAGAAGAAAACUGGGACCCGCAGACAUGUGGGAAAAAUGACAGUUCACCUGUUUUUAAUGAUUUAGAAAGUGAGGAUCCAGUAAAUAAACUUGCAAACCAUAUUUUCCAGUACACAGAGGAAGACACCUUGAUUCAAAAAAAUGUGCAUGGCAGCACAGGACAGCUUUUCCUUAAAGCUGCCUUUACUGAAAAUGAUGAGAUGUUAAAUAGUUUUCCUGAGCAAACCACUGAACUGGGGACCAUAUUAUCAGAUGCAGACGCAUGCAGUGAUAUUACUGCAGAUAAAUCUUUACAGCAAUUCAAUGAAUUGUAUGAGAAGUUUGAUUCGGUUGUUCAUUUAAAUAACUCGUUUACGUUUGAUCCUUUAGACACAGAGGAAUGUAAAAUAAAUACAGGCUUCUCUGUAGUGCACCAAGUUUACAAUAGCUGUGACGUUCUCUGUGACAACGCAGAGUUAAUAGAUUUUGAAAGGGAGCAAUCAGGUGACUGCACUGGCAUUAUUAGACCUUUAGACACUUGUCUAUUGCUUGAGGAACCUUGCUCCUUAAAGGAAAUAUGCCCACACGCAAAAGAUGAUUCUGAGACUUUAAAAUCUGAUGUCCUUCCCAGCAUUUUAUUGCAACAAAACCUAAAAUCUCUGGAAUCUGGUUCUAGUCUAUCUGAGGCCCGAAUUAAAAAAGAUUCCUCAAAUUCCAGUGUUGAAAUUCCGAAUUUCUUAGACACCACACCUACUAUACUAGGAGGUGACACAGUCGGCGACAUUGAAUAUUUUAAUCUCUCCAGUAAUGCUGACCUGAACUGUGAGCAUAGAGAAGCAGGCUGCUCAGUUUAUGAAAAUGUAGCCAUAAAAUAA